AUGAACGCGUCGCAGUUCAUGGACAAGCAGAUCAUGGAGCUCUCCGCGUCCGGCGCGCAGAGCAGCGACCUCCUGGACCUGCUCAACCCGCCGGAGAAGCACCGGAGCAAUGGGGCUGGUUCUGGUGAUGGGGGAAAGAAGGAUGAUAUACUCCCGAACUACGACUUCCAGCCAAUUCGGAGUGUCGGGUCAUCUCCGCCCCCCGCGACUGUCGAAGGUGGUAGAGCCUGGGGAUCAAUGGAUUCGAUUCCCACCUCUUCGAAUUUCAGGGAACGGGUCCGAUUCUUAUUCUUAUCAUUAUUCUUGUUGGCUUAAGCUUGACGUCUGUGUUUUUUGUUUCAACGAAUUUCGGGAUAUUGUUGGAUAUGGUAUUUGCCAUAAUCUCGCUAUAGGUCGUGGAAGUUCCUUGAGUUGAAAUGAAAUAGAGUUGUGCUCUACAUCGAUUUUGUGAGAAUUUUUCCCGAUUUUCGACUUCUCCUUCAUUCCCUAGAAGGAUGGCAUUUAUUUCCGGCCUCUUAGUUGCCUGGGAUUGCGUCGAGCCCCUAUUUGCACAUCUUCCAUUUUUUUUUUAACGAACUGUUCCGGGACCCCGUUUAAUCUUGGGAACGCGAGAAAGGGGGCAGAGUUCGAUCUUCUAUCCGUCGUACUAAUUGUUCAUUGUAUUUGUGUGCGUGAGGGGGGGAUGUUGUCUCAUGGAAGAGGUUGACCUUUACUUUUGAAUGGAGUACUCCCGAGAUUGAGGCGGAAAAGGAAAUCACUACUGCAGAUGAAGUAUAUCCCGAGACCAAUCUGAUUUCAUGGUCAGACGUUCUGGGAAUUUUAGGGUGCCAAGAUUACUUCUUAUGGGAGAUAUUUUACUCUUUAUUAUUUAUUUCGUUAUGGGCUUUUCGUUUUUUGUUAAUCCUAUUUCCCUUUCUUCUAACCAGGAAUACGAUUCAUUUCCUGUAUCUUUCACUUCCCUUUCUUCUAUGACAUUCCUAUUUUAUACCCUUUAGCAUAUGUUCAGGAAUGCUUUGGCAUCUAGUUCGUAAUACAAUACAUUGGAUAAAGAUUAGUGGGCUGGGUUAGCAUGGCAAUUGUGGCCCAUUCUAUGUAAUUCUAUACUCAGUUUGUCAUCUAGUGCCACUGAUACAAACUCGGUUGCAAAAGUUUGGUUUACCUCUUGUAUCACUUGUCUGGAUUACAUAUCUUUCUUAAGAUGACAAUGUUGCUGUUUAUUUUGAACAUAUAAGAGUAUUCUUGAUUGAAGAAUUAUUGGUGCUUCUCUAUUCAAGGACAUCUGAUUAUUUCCUCGUUUAUCUAGUUUUCAUGAGAGAAGUAAAAUUAAAAUUUUCUAGUGUGGCUUUCUUUUGUGCAUCAUCUUUUUUUUUUAACCUGCUAUUUAUUUUUUCAGCAAACAAAUGAUUAGAAAAAGGUCGCGUAACGAACUUCCCGUGUGCUUUUAUACUGAAGGAAACUACGUGCCAAGUCAAAAUACUCACUUUAUGUUGUCGUUUGAUGUCAACUUUGAUAGUCAGAUUUCGUUGAAGAAUAUAUAACGAAAACCUAAUAGUGAAUAUGGAGUUAUUGGUACAUCCUUAUAAGCAUAACUGGAAACAUGACUGAGGAGUAAUCCUGAAUGAAGGAUUUUUAUCUUUUCCCUUUUUCCAAGAAAAGGUCCAGUAUGAGAGAGAUUAGGAAGGUAAAGAACAGUUCGCUUCGCAUUGUGCUUGUGAAAGAACUAUUAUUUGGAGGUCUGGGACUUCAUUCUCCUUCCCUAUCCAGUCUUUGUUUUCAACCCACCCCUUUCUAGUCCACACGACAACGAAAGAAAGUAUUGAACUUGUUGGAUAUUCUUAUUGACUAGGAAGUCGAUGGUAUACAAUAACUUUCUCUUAAAGGGUGUUAGUGCGGUACAUAGCUCUGGGGAGGGCUUGCGUGGUACUUUCACUUUCUUGGCGAUCUGCAAAGUGGACAUUUAGUUUUAGGUUGAUUGAUAAUAUUGACUUGUAUUCACUCUUUCUAACCGCCCUGCUUUUUAAAGGUAUGUAAUCUUCCAUGUGCUGAAUGUUUACUUUUUUGUUUGACUUUUUUGCCUUGCAGAAUUAUAGUUCGUCAGAGGCACAUGAUUCAUAUAACGUCAUUCAUGAGAAAAGCAAGGAUGCAUGUGAUACAGCUUUACUUAUAGAGUUCGAUCGUACUGUAAAGAAGUAUGCUGACAAUCUAAUGCACGCUUUGGAAGGUGUAAGUUCAAGAUUGUCUCAGCUGGAGGGGAGAACACACAAGCUUGAAAGUGCACUAGACGACCUGAAGCUGACUAUUUCAAAUAAUAAUGGCAGCAGUGAUGGAAAGCUGAAACAACUGGAGAAUAUCAUGCGAGAGGUAUCUUCUUUUUUGAUACUGCGUGCUUUAUUUUGUUAUGUAUUUGUUCUUUCUUUCUGAAAUGGACACAUGAUUUUCCCUCUGGCUUUGUAUCGCUUCAAUGUUUUUGAUAUUUUCGAUUGGUAACGGAAAAUCAAUGCAUUUGACAUUUGGCGAAAGCACAAUUAUGUUAGUUUAUACUUUAUUCUUUUUAGUUUUCUUGCUGAGGCAUUCACUCUCUCUCUCUCUCUCUCUCUCUCUCUCUCUCUCUCACACACACACACACACACACACACACACACUUGAAUUCUUGCUAAGCCUAGAAUCCGUCUCUUUCCCUAGGAAAUCAAAGCUGACAAACAGAGGAAGUGGGUAAUUUUGAUUCUUUCUAAACCUUGCAUUUCCGCCCUUUGAUUCUUCGAGUUUUUUGCAUUGGGAGGAUAGAACACUUGGAAUACUCAAGUCUUUGGAUCAGAAUAUUACGUUCCUUUUAUAUCAUUCAUUAUCUUCUUGCACAGAAACUUGUUAAUCAUCUUUUUUAUUUCGGCAGUUAUCCCCAUAAAUGGAGUCAUUUCUGAAUGAAAGUACUUCUUGUCUGAGUUGUAACACUUGGGGUCGUUACAAAAAAGAUAUUGAUUUUCUAACUCUCUGUUCAAUGUGAUGCCGUCUUGCUUAAUUUGGGAGGAUGGUAUUUCAUUCUUUAACCCUUUCUUCCUGUAAGGUUGAUUAUGUCAACCACUUGUUCAAUCCUUUUGUCAACUCCGCCAUCAGUCAAUUCUCUAGUUCUGUAUAAGAUUUUGUGUCCAUUUCUAUCAAUCAGCUUACCUCUUCUUCAUCAUAUCAUACCUCAUGAAGAUAUCCCAGAUUCAGCUUUUCUCCUUAUGUGUUAGUAUUAUCUUUUUCCCAUCAUCCUGGAACUAGGCUGGUUUUUGAAGUGCGGCAUCUGUCUCAUAUAGGUACAAACUGGCGUGCAAGUUCUUCGUGACAAGCAGGAGAUCAUCGAAGCUCAGAUUCAGCUGGCAAAGCUGCAGGCUUCCAAGGGCGAUCAUCAUCAGCAACCAGAUGAUUCUGUCGUUGUUCCAUCUGUACCUACUCAACCUACUCUGCCGCCAUCUCAGCCACCUCUGCCCCCACAAGGGAUGCUUCCAUCUCAACUUCCAGCCCUCCCUGCACUGCCACUGCCGCCGCCACCUCAGGUGCCCCAGACCCAGUUUGCUUCUGUUCCGGCCAUGCCCCAACGGGAGCCUUACUUCGUUCCACCCAGUCAGCCUCUGGCAGAGGCCCCACAGCAGCAGUACCAGCUUGCACCUCAGCAUCCACCUCAGCUUCCCCCGCCAACUCAGUUCCAGCCAACUCCUCAUCCUCCACAGUAUUCCCAACCGCCACAGUCAUCUCAACACAUACCACCUCCCCAGCUUCAAGCUCCGCCACCUCACCACCCUGAAGAAUCCUCACCUUACAUGCCACCGCCACCUCAGACUUAUCCACCAAGCAUCCGUCAGCCACCUCAGCUUUCCGGGCCUCCACAUACUCAGCAAUUUGCCGGACAUGGCGCCAAUUUAUUUGACCCCCAAGCGAUCAGACCGAGCUCUGCCCAGCAGUUUCCCACAGGGUACAGCCCUCCUGCUGGGCCUGGUCUUUCUGACUCUUACACACAUGGUGGAUCUCCCUCUCACUACAACUCUGCAAUGAAGCAACCGCCAUUCUUCUCCUCUGCUGCUGCGUCUGGUGGAAGCAGUUACCCCCGUCUCCCUACUGCCCAGGUAUUACCCCAAGCCGUCUCUGCAGGCUCUGGCUCUGCCUCUGGCUCUGGCCCAGGUCCUGGCAGCGCCGCCGGAGAGAGGGUCCCUAUUGACGAUGUGGUCGACAAGGUCACCACCAUGGGCUUCCCCAGAGAUGUGGUCAGGGCAACUGUGAGAAGGCUGACAGAGAAUGGGCAGAACGUUGACCUCAAUGUGGUCCUAGACAAGUUGAUGAACGACGGCGAGAACCCACCUCAGAAGGGCUGGUUCGGACGUUGA